AUGAUCAUCCCAACAGGUCCCAACACAUCACGUCGUGCUUCUCCGCGCCGCGCACUUUUCCACGCGCCCACACUUCACCGCGCUCACACUGCACCCCCGCCCACACUGCACCCCCGCCCACACUGCACCCCCGCCCGCACUGCACCCCCGCCCGCACUGCACCCCCGCCCACACUGCACCCCCGCCCACACUGCACCCCCGCCCACACUGCACCCCCGCCCACACUGCACCACCGCCCACACUGCACCCCCGCUCACACUGCACCCCCGCCCGCACUGCACCCCCGCCCGCACUGCACCCCCGCUCGCACUGCAACCCCGCCCACACUGCACCCCCGCCCACACUGCACCCCCGCCCACACUGCACCACCGCCCACACUGCACCCCCGCCCACACUGCACCCCCGCCCACACUGCACCCCCGCCCACACUGCACCCCCGCCCGCACUGCACCCCCGCCCACACUUCACCCCCGCCCGCACUGCACCCCCGCCCGCACUGCACCACCGCCCACACUGCACCCCGCCCGCACUGCACCCCCGCCCACACUGCACCCCGCCCGCACUGCACCCCGCCCGCACUGCACCCCCACCCACACUGCACCCCCGCCCACACUGCACCCCCGCCCACACUGCACCCCGCCCACACUGCACCCCGCCCACACUGCACCCCGCCCACACUGCACCCCCGCCCACACGGCACCCCCGCCCACACGGCACCCCCGCCCACACUGCACCCCGCCCACACUGCACCCCGCCCACACUGCACCACCGCCCACACUGCACCCCGCCCACACUGCACCCCCGCCCACACUGCACCCCGCCCACACUGCACCCCGCCCACACUGCACCCCCGCCCACACUGCACCCCCGCCCACACUGCACCCCGCCCACACUGCACCCCCGUCCACACUGCACCCCCGCCCACACUGCACCCCCGCCCACACUGCACCCCCGCCCACACUGCACCCCCGCCCACACUGCACCCCGCCCACACUGCACCCCGCCCACACUGCACCCCCGCCCACACUGCACCCCCGCCCACACUGCACCCCGCCCACACUGCACCCCCGCCCACACUGCACCCCCGCCCACACUGCACCCCCGCCCACACUGCACCCCGCCCACACUGCACCCCCGCCCACACUGCACCCCCGCCCACACUGCACCCCGCCCACACUGCACCCCGCCCACACUGCACCCCCGCCCACACUGCACCCCCGCCCACACUGCACCCCGCCCACACUGCACCACCGCCCUCACUGCACCCCGCCCACACUUCACCCCGCCCACACUUCACCCCGCCCACACUUCACCCCGCCCACACUUCAUCCCGCCCACACUUCACCCCGCCCACACUUCACCCCGCCCACACUUCACCCCGCCCACACUUCACCCCGCCCACACUUCACCCCGCCCACACUUCACCCCGCCCACACUUCACCCCGCCCACACUUCACCCCGCCCACACUUCACCCCGCCCACACUUCACCCCGCCCACACUUCACCACGCCCACACUUCACCACGCCCACACUUCACCCCGCCCACACUUCACCACACCAGGUGACAAAAACCCCCAUGCCGGAAUGGUCCUCAGGCAUGGCAACAGCCAGAGUGGUCCUCAGGCAUGGCAACAGCCAGAGUGGUCCUCAGGCAUGGCAACAGCCAGAGUGGUCCUCAGGCAUGGCAACAGCCAGAGUGGUCCUCAGGCAUGGCAACAGCCAGAGUGGUCCUCAGGCAUGGCAACAGCCAGAGUGGUCCUCAGGCAUGGCAACAGCCAGAGUGGUCCUCAGGCAUGGCAACAGCCAGAGUGGUCCUCAGGCAUGGCAACAUCCAGAGUGGUCCUCAGGCAUGGCAACAGCCAGAGUGGUCCUCAGGCAUGGCAACAGCCAGAGUGGUCCUCAGGCAUGGCAACAGCCAGAGUGGUCCUCAGGCAUGGCAACAGCCAGAGUGGUCCUCAGGCAUGGCAACAGUUUAAGACGGGAGUCCACUCUCACGGGACAAUGACAGCCACUUGA